AUGGACCCCUCGACACCGUAUCGGCCUCCUGACCGUCAACUCGGGUCCAGUCUGCCGCCUUCGGGCACCUCCCCGGCCAUGUCGUCGGGGUCAUCGGCCCAAGCCUCCCCUUCGUCAUCACCAACGUCUUCACGGAGUGCUGCGAUCGCAAGACUGAGACGAGCUGCUUCGACUCGUGAAUCACCUUCGCCUUUGAGCUCACCCUCCAUGUCGGACGCACAUUUCGACAGCCCUACUGACUCGACCUAUUUGACUCCCGUACUGGGGAGUAUGCAUCGUCAUACCGCGUCCGAGGAUGUUCCUCUCGUCCACGCCGCUUCCCUGGAACGGACCGCCUCGCUACUCGCUCGGUCAAUAGCCAUGGCCAAAUUGACGGGCACCGCACCCCCACCCGUGCCCUCGCACUAUCAUGCCGCUCCGUUCCCCAUCAAUGCACCCCUCCCCAGCCUCGAUGCGCUGAGGGAACGUGCUCGCGCUCGACUCGUCAACGACGACGGAUCACCCCCGAACUCGACUUCGCCGAACGCGUCGAGUCCGACGAUGCCGCCCUCGCUGAGAAGGAACCACACCGUGACCGGCGUCGGCGGCUCGACGCAGAAUCUUGGCAUCGGAUUGGGCAUGUCGGUCGAUUCAUCGGUGCCGCACGAUCUCCGUGGCUCGACCCGGCCAGCGGUGCUUCGGUCGGCUUCAGCCUCCACUCGAUCCGGUUUCGGGCGAAGCACGGCUGCGCCUUCCUCUUCGCGUGCUGCGACGACGGCCUCGCUCGAGGACGAUGUCGCGCUCGACUCGAACCGCGCUGCGGCAAGGAUCAAUCUCAUGCGCAAGCUUUCGUCGAGGAAACUGGCCUCCCCGUCGCAGACUGACAGAGUAGCCGCUGCCCACGUCGAUGACGCGGCUGUCGAGCAGUUCGCUAGCAAAUUGCCCCAGGCGACGGUGGUUGGACUUCGAGCGCGGAGUGCGAGUGCUGCUUCGGAACGCGGCCGUGCAAACGGGUCCAAUCGGUCCCCUCUGCUCGUCCAAGUCCCAGCCGCGACACCUUUGUACCAGAGUCAUCGACCUGAACCCAUACCAGUGCAAGUGGAGGAUGCUCCCCUUCGAUGGCCGGAGGAUUGGAGUCGAGAAACCUGGGCCGAAGGGGGAGGCGACCGGGGCGAUAUUCACGAUUUCGACGAAGCGAAUCUGCACUCGCUUCAUGGACAGACGCUUUCACGGGGUUUUGGUGACGUGUCGGAGCAUGUGGCGGCAUUUCGAUCGCAAUACCAGACCGUGUACGAGAUCGACCAAGCAGGACCGCAUGUGCGGCAUCCUGAUGUCUACCAGGUCGAGGAUGCGACACCCCGUAUGCCGGAAGAAUACGAUAUUCUCACUCCGCGACCUCCGUACGAAGCUCCACCUCAAUUCAAAGGUAAUCGACUAUCGAGUAGCAACGUUGCUGCCAUUAGGGAAAGCGAACGAGACCAGGGUGAGCAGAGGGGACCGUCACCAACGGCAUCAUUGAUCGCUCGCAAAGAUUCCGAGGCGCGCAAGUUCAGCGACGACUCCGCCAUUUCCUCGGAGGUCUCUUAUGAUGGGAACGGGUUCGAGUAUUCGCAAAGUCAACAGGCGCAAGCAUAUCAGCGCAAGAACUUCCCGAUCGCGGUUUCGUCGCCUCGGAAUACCCAGACUCCGCGGCGCAGUUCCAUCCCACAGCACCUCGUUCCAGGCCCAUCGCGACACGCGCCUCACCAAUCGAGUCUCCACGCGACGGCGGCGGCAGCAGCGCCCACCGGCGCACCUGGCUUCAGCCUGAUCCAACCCUUCAACACCGCGAACGACGACUCUGAAGACGAGGUACGACGCCGCGGCUCGUCGGCUUCUUCGAGCGUCGCUUUUUUGACUCGAGGUGUGAGGGAGCUGCCAGAACGAACCAGCAACGCGGGGUCGAUCUUGCCAAUGCGCAAUGACAGCUUUGUGAUACCGCACGAAUCGCCGGCGAAGUUGACGGACUACUUGCCGAGCCUUUCACCGCUUGCCGGGACGCAGGAGCCUGGUUUGACUAGGCCGUCGAGUCGGCAGGGCAGUAGCGUCAGCAGUAGUAACGAGAAGAACGUCGUGAACGCCGAGGCAUCGCCCUCGGGCGUCCCACCCUCGAUCGCAUCCAUCAUGAAGGGACCUGGAAUUACGACCAACGAAGCCGAGCACCUUGAAGAGGAAGGCGAUAGUCCGGAUUGGGUCCUCAAGGAGAAGAGGAUGACGGCCAGGAUUGAGAGCAAGAGGCAGGCCGGGAUGACGAGGAGCAAGAAUGGUGCUUUCCUGCCGCCGGAGGAGAAUUAUCAGUUCCCGAGCCCUACGGCAUCUGUAAGUCUCGCGAAGCUCUGUUACGCCUUCGCAAGAGUUGCGUACUAACGGGAAUAAUUUCAUAUGUACGAGCAGAGCACGGGCACGGCCUCGGAACCCCGUGCCAGUCUACCGUGGCAACGACCGGAUCGCGAAGACUCGACCGACAGCACCAAGGCCUUGUUCGAAAAGCUCGCCGUCUCUCCCCGCGAGCGCCAACGACCUUCGCCAUUCUCCGUAUCGUAUCAUCCUCUGCCCAUUUCCGUGGGUUCGCCCAUCAUUGACGCCGACGCCGACGCCGUCUCUCCGAUGGGGUCCCAUUUCUCGCCGCAGAGCAUUCAACCGCCAGCGCCGACCUCGACGACCCCGCCUUUGGAGAGGAUGGACUCGAGCGAGGCCAGCAAGGCGCAGUGGUUCCAAUCCGCGAUGUACAAGAGCGCGGGCGUCCCCGCCCUUAUCCCCGCCUCCCCUUCGGCCGAGAUGCGACGACAGACCUCGGGUCGCUCCAGUAAUUCAAGAAAGUUGCGGUUGGAGCUCUUGCAGGAGGACACGCCGUCACCGCUCGUUGUGACGACCUCUGCUUCGCCCGAUGAUCUCGUACGACCGGGGACGAGCCAUUCGGAUGGCAGUGACUACUCGAGUGCAAUUAUGAGUCGCGAAGGAUCGGGUUCGAGUACGCUCGAUGCGCUGUCCCUUUACACCGUUGAGGCUCGUCAUGCCCCUAUGCACGAAGAGGACCUACCCGCAAAUCGCAUCAUCGCCAAGCUCGACUCGUUGCUAGGCACCGAACACCUCAUGUCGGACGAGCAGCCGACGCCGCUCGAUCAACCUCCGAGGAAGCUGCUCUUGCACACCCCCGUGCUGCAGGUCGUCAACGCGCACACGGUCAAAGAUCGACAUCUGUUCCUCUUCACCGACCUGCUAUUGAUCACCAAGCCGCUCAUUAUCGAUGAUCCCAAGACGGGAAUGCCAACGCCCUCGACCUUGGCCAGCCAGUUCGUCGUCAAGUCCGUCGUCGAACUCAAGCAACUCAAGUUGCAGGCUGAGGACGAACUCCACGACGAUACGGCGCCGCCAAAGAAGCGUCACCCUUUCUUGGUUCAGUUCGUCGAUCGGUUCGCCAACGAUCCCAAGCGCGCCAUCGCGACACUCAUCCAGAAGGGUGGCUUGUCGAGCGAUGCAGCGACGAUCGCGAACCUGAGUGAGUCAUGACUGGUUUCGAAGUUGGUUCUGGAGGACAUACUCAAUAGCCCUAUUCUUGUUCUGCAGUCUACCGUAAUCCCGAUCUGAACCGCAGUCAGGUCGGCGCAUACUUUACGCAGGCCGAGAACCGCCACAUCCUGCGCGUUUACAUCGAGCGCUUCCGCUUCAGCGGGGUUCGCAUCGACGACGCGCUGCGCAUGUUCCUCAUGGCCGUUCGCUUGCCGCACAGUCGCCAGUCCGUCGAAUACGUCUUGGGUGUUUUGGCGAUGACGUGGACGGAAGUGAAUGGCGCAACGGGUUUCGACCCGAGCUUGACGUUCAACCUCGUCGUCGCGAUCAUGAAGCUCAACGACGCCUUGCACAGCGCCAACUCGACCGAAGGGCACUUGUUCUCGCGCCCCAACCCGUCUCUCUCGGUCGACGACUUUAUUGCCAGCUUUCGCUAUAGCGACCCUCGCUCGCUCGUACCUGAAGAUCUGUUGACGCGCAUCUACGCAUCCAUCCGAAAGGAACGCAUCGAGCACGCUUCGGACAACACGAUCUUCAGCAUGACGCCGGAUGUUGAAGCGACGUUGACCCCUUCCAAAUUACCUGUCUCAUUGACAUAUCGAGACCCCUCCGACCCCAUAACGAUCACGAUUCCCGAGCCCGAUCCCAAGUUCAACAUCAAGCUGCAUGGCACGGAUCUCAAGUUCGACCCGCCAAUCUUGUCGUUCGCCAAGUCGCGCACGCAGACGUUCCGUGUUACGGGAAUGGCGUUGGGUGUUCGAGCGAUGGUCUUGAUCAAGACGGGAGCGAACGCGCCUCGAUACCAGGGCUUGCCCAUGAACAAGGCCUUUUCGAUCGAACGCGCGUUCAUGCAGCACAAAUUCCAAGUCUCGUUCACGAACCACCUCAACGUCAAACGCAAGUACAUGUUUUCGACGUUGAACGCGGGAUUGCAGACGGCUUGGCUGCGUCAUCUCCGGGAACGAAUCGCCGCUGCGGUGGCGGCACCUCCCGCGCCUACGCCCGCUCUGUUGGCCGCCGAAGCGGUAGCCGUGCAGGCUCUUCAAGAUGUACUAAUCGCACCCGAUGAACUCCUUCCUUUGCUCACGGCUGGCUCAGCUGCUUCCCCUCGAGCCAACACGGCUGCCCCUCGAAACCGAGGAGCUUCGAGAAGUCGACAAGGCACACCGACAUCGGCGACCCGAGCGGCGUUGACAAAUGCGGGCGUGCUCGUGCGGUCCAACUCGGUCAGCAAGAUCUACGCGGCGCACUACAAGAUCGAAGCGGAUCUGCACCCCGACAACGCUCGUAAGAAACCUUCUUCACCUGCCGUCGCGGCGCUUGGUUCGCCCGUCAUUGGCUCACCGACGGUUCAGAGCAAAGAGGCCGAGGCGUUGGAGCACUUGCGCGCGAGCCCUUAUACCAAGACGGGCGAGGAGUUGGUCCUCAUGACGGAACAGAACUCGUUGCUUCCCGUCGUGUUGAGCUUCCUUGGUGCUGGAGUAGGGGUGAGUCGCGCUUGGGUUAAUUCAGGAACAGGAAUGAUGUGUACUGACGAUCUUUAUGGCUUUACUAGACCGCACCCCUGCCCAUGUCGGCGAACGGCUCAGCUUUCCAAUUAUCCCCCUUGCCUUCUCGAUCGGGCGCGUCUUAUCCCAACGCCAGUUUCAUUUCCAAUGCGCCUUCAUCAAUGGCGACAUGA